UAGACCAAACAAUUUGAGAACCAAGCAAUUUGAGAGCAAACUAGACCAAACAAUCAUUACACUGGAGAAAUACCCAAGAGAAAUCAACUUAAGUACAAGCCAGAGAAUAAAUAAAAACAGCAGAGAGAAAAAAAGAAGGAGAGAUUAUUUUAGUAAACACAAAGCGGAAUAUGAACAAGUGUGUGCUCCUUGACAUAAACACAGUGACAGGAUGUGACAGUUGUGCAGUGGAAAAUGAGCUCUGUGGUUUCACUGGUCACUGCAAAUAAACUGCAUAUAUUUAUGUGAACAUUUGACUAAUGCAAACUAUUACCUGUGUAACCGAUCAUGUGUGAUUUAUUUUCAAUAAUCUUCUACUGUACAAAAAGUUAUUAAGGAUAUUUGCAUCUGCUGUUUUAAGCAUUGCCCUUUGUCUUCACUUCUUCAUUUACUGCUUCAGUCUCUCAAGCACGUGUGUAAAAUCCUGAGAGGACUGUAAGACAGUAAGUUUACACUCAUUAAACUGACUGAAUGUCCUGCUAUGGCAAAUUUUCAAACCAGUAUUCUUCGUCUGGAUAUCUGCGUCGUCAUUAUUCUUCUGAUUCAUGCAGAUUAUUCCAGAUCUAAUCGAGAGCAAAAGAUACGGCAGCACAUCUACAAAACAGUGUAUGUGGGGGAAACAGUUGCACUUAACUGCAACAAAACCCAAUAUGAUGACGAUUUAAUAUGGAAAAUGAACAACUCCGUUAUUUUUAGUCAAGACUCUAACAGUAACAGAACAAUGAGAAACUUGAGCUCAAACAGGAUUCACAUCGACACUGCAGAUCCAAGAGAAUUAACAAUAGAUCAAAUACAAGCGUCUGAUGCAGGAAACUACAGCUGUUACCCAGCAGCAAUAAGAUGGACAUUAACAGUAACAGAAAACCAGAUCAGACCAGAAUCACCCAAACAAAUGCGGCCGUACAUCUUCAUCAUCAUCGUCAUCAUCAUCCUGAUCUCAUGUUGUGGAGUUAUUAUGAUCUGUCUGAUCAUCAGCAUCAGCAUCUGCAUCCACAGGAAAUUGCUUCAGAAGAUGAACUCUAGUUCAGAAAAGCAGGAUGCGAUGAUCUCUGACUGUGACAAACACACAGUAACAGCCUGCGUAAGUCAGCUGAGCUCGACACACAACUACACUCCUCCAUCAUGUUACACAUCGUUUCUGUUAACAGGCCUCAAACAGCAACUGCUGCAAAACAUAACAUGCUAA